AUCUAUGUUCCUAUUAACCUCUGUGAUGGUGGGCUUUUUAUUUGUGGCUCUUGCAAUGAGAUAUUCCAACUUUUACAAAGCGUUUCUGUUCAACGUAAUCAAGGGCCAGUUUCGAUUCAAAAGAAGACAAGAUUAUCAAUACGGAGUGUACCUUGGGUAUGCAGCAAACGACCACUGGUUUCCUUGCCACAUAGUUCGUGCGUAUCUAGAAGAAAGUCUUGGAGACACGGUGUGCCUCGCAGACAGAGACUUCCCAGUCAACCAAGAUAUGGCCACGAGCAUCAUGGAAGGCAUCCACAGAAGCUGGCGCACAGUCCUAGUAAUCACGGAAGACUUCCUACGGCGUGACCAAUGGUCAGAGUUUACUAUGAAGUACUCUGUGUAUGCACAGGGCCCCGAGAAUCCGUCUCGUAUCGUGGUGAUUGUGGAGGACAGACUAAGGCAUCUCAUUCCGACACAGCUUCUCGGGGCGGUCAGUGAUGAGAACAUUGUCAGUGUGCCUGAACUGCGUAUGUGUUACGAACUCGGUCAAAGACUGAAGUUUUUGGUUUCUUCCAACUGAUUUGCUUCUUC